UAGGGGUUGUCCCUUGAUGUCUGUACCAUCUUGCACUGUAUUUUCCGCGUCACAGUGAGGUCUCCCACAGUUGGCACCCGCGUUUUCUUCAGGUCUGUCGACGGUGAGCCGUAGGGGGGCACAUCUCGACUGUUUCAGAAUUGAGGGGACUAUGCGUAAAUGUACAACGUAAACUGGGGAAAGACUCGGCUCUGCGCGCGGUGAAAGAAUCCUCGGUGUCAUCAAUAUUCUGGUUUACACGGAGACCGGGCAGAGCCGGAGCAGCUGCGGGGUUUUCCUCCUUCUGAAUUCUAAUUUGACUACCUUUUGUAGGGUGGAGUCAACCCUGGUUUCUAAAAACCACACAGCCUAAUCAUUUGCACUCUUCAGGAAACGACCAUGAAGGACAGCAUGGCCAACAACAGCACAGCCAGUAUCUCUCAGGCCAGGAAAGCUGUGGAGCAGCUCAAGAUGGAGGCCUGCAUGGAUAGGAUAAAGGUGUCCAAAGCGGCGGCGGACCUGAUGGCCUACUGUGACGCGCACAUACGGGAGGACCCUCUCAUCGUGCCCGUGCCGGCCUCGGAGAACCCCUUCCGGGAGAAGAAGUUCUUCUGCACCAUCCUCUGAGAGCGGCGGCAGGGCGCAACUGCCCACACGCACACAUACACUCCACCCUGAGGAGAGGAGAGGAGACAUAUUUUUGCUGCUGGCACCAGCGUCCUGCUGGUUGGCUUAAGCUUACCAGGUCGCUGCCCAGGCACUUGACUAGGCCGGCCUACCCUGGCUAUAGGGGC